AUGCUGGAGGCGCUCAGUGUCCGGGCGCAGGGCCUGCGCUGGCGCCGUGCCGCUCGGCUCGGCGCGCUGUGGCCGCCGGGCCCGAGCCAGCGGCGGCGUGGCGCCGACGACGGCGGCGGGGCGCGCUGGAGCCCGCGCACGGUGGCCACGGUGGCGCUCGGCGGGACGACCACCGGCGCGAAGCAGGUGCUGGUGGACCGCCUGAAGGCGCUGGCGGAGGCCCGGAGCGGGCCCUCGGGGCCCGCCCCUGCCCCGCCCAAGCGCGCCGCGGCGCCGCCGCCGGCAGCGGCCGAGCCCGCGCCGAAGCGCGGCAAGGCCGCCCCGACGGCAGAGCAGCAGCACGACUUCCUCGACGCCGCCAAGGCUGGGGACUUCGAGAGGGUCAAGGAGCUCCUCGAGUCCGUGCCGGGCCUGCUGCAGGCCAGCUGCGUCGGCCACGGGACGGGCACCCUGCGGCUCGCCGCGCCCUGGGCGGCAGGCCGGUGCAGACUGCGGUCUGUGGGCAACGGUGUUAAGUUCUGCAGCGCCCUCGCGGGCGCCAGCCCUGGGCCCCGCAUGGCCGAGUGGGGCAGCGAGCCGUGGGCUGCCGCGGGGCAGCCCGGCGGCUGGCAGGGCAGCCCCGCCUGGCAGGAGGCUGCCGCGGGCGCCUACUGGCACGCCGCGGACGAGGGCUGGGGCGACCCAGGCUGGCAGGUUACAGGCCCGGUUGGCGCCUGGGGCGGCCAGUGGGGCUGGGCCGAGGGGGGCUGGAGCGGCGGCGCCGGGUCCGGGCAGGAGCCCUGGCAAGCCCAGCUGGCAGCCCCGAGCUUGGGCAACACGGACGAGCACACCGCGAGCGUGCACUACGGGAAGACGUUCUCGGUCCUCUCCGAGGUCUUGGAGAAGCACCCAGCAGCAUUCCAGGGAGUCUCCUCGUUCCUAGACCUCGGCUGUGCACCCGGCGGCUUCGCUGGGCGACUACUAGAGCAGUUCCCAGCCGCCCAGGGCUACGGCGUGACGAUACCGAGAGAGGCUGGCGGCUUCCCCGUCUUGAUCUGCGACGAGCGCUUCCACAUCCAGCUCGGUGACCUGAUGCAGUUCCGCUCCCCCGACGAGCUCGACUGCCCACAGGGCGUGGACGUGUGCAUGGCGGACGCGCAGGACCUCGGCCGGCGCACCAACCCCGCCGGCCGCGAGCAGGAGGCCGGGCGAGGGCGCGGGCGCCGCGCGCGGGAGGGCGGGCGCGGCGGCAAGGCGGCCAAGGAGGUCGGUGUGCAGGCCGCGUGCUCCGUCCUGGGCAUCUGGGCGCUGACGCUGCAGGAGCUGCUGCUGGCCUUCGGGCGGCUGCGGGGGGGCGGCACGCUGCUCUUCAGGUUCGGCUGGCGCGGGCGGGGGGCCAACGAGGAGGCCUGGUACAGGGAGGCCACCGUGAAGCUCUUCGCGCUCCUGAUGACGUACUUCUCCGGGGUGGCGCCCUGCAAGUCGGAGUUCUCGCACCAGGCACACUCGUCUUUCUAUGUCGUCGCGUCUGGCUUCAACUUCGACGCUUACUCGGACGCCGACCUCGGUCGAAAGCUGCGCGAGUCGAUCGACCACAUCGUCGGGUGCGAGCGCCCGGUGGACCUGCCUUGGUGCAUGGAGGAGGUCUGCCCGGCGGAGUUCGCGACGCCUGCGCUGAGGGAACGGAUCAGCGCGUUGCUGGAUUCAGUGGGCAAGCUCCGGGCCAUCGGCAUGGCGACGCGUCAGCACCUGGAGGCUAGCGGGCGCGAGACCGGGGAUGCGACGAUCUUCAUCUCGCCCGUGCCCUUCCAGCUCACCAUGCAGCGGCUGAGGGAGCGGCUCGAGCGCUUCGGGCAGAUCGCCAACAUCCGGCGGCGGGCCCACCCCGUGGGCGUGGGCGCGGACGCCGUCGUGCACUUCACGCAGGCGGCCCACGCCACCAACGCGCUGGAGGCGAUCGAGAAGCUGAAGAUCCUGGGCCCCAGCGUCACGGCCAAGCGCAUCUCCGAGGGCCGGGGCAGGUGA